UAUAAUGAUACUGUGUUUUAUUCAUUUCGUGGUGAUAUAUUCAGAAAUCAGAUUAGAACUUUAAAGAUUUGCAAAAUAAUUUUAGCAAAAUGUUGACAAUUCAAUGUUUAUUCUUUCUUUCUGUAAAUUGUACUUUUUCGUUGGUUUAUUCUGGACAUUGUUAUAUUUCAUUAAGGAUGAAGGUAAUUAGAUGUGACUGUAGUUCGAGGAAUUUAACAUUCAUACCGACAGAAUGUCCACAAAAUACAUCCGAGUUAUAUCUGGCUAACAAUUACCUGAACAUUCUAGGUAAGGAAACAUUUUCUAGAUAUACACACCUCACCUAUCUGGAUAUAGGUAACUGUAAUAUAACGUCAAUCGAACAAUCAGCUUUCGAUGAUUUGACACAAUUAAAAGACCUGAUAUUCUUCAAUAAUCCAAUGAAAACAUUUCAAACUAAUGUAUUUGCACCACUAAAUGAUUUACGAGUUCUUUCCGUAUCACACAAUUUGCUGUCAACGUAUCCAAGAGAGUCGUGGUCUGAUUUUUUCAAAAUUACAACACUGAUUUGUGAAGAUGGCCCGUCGAAUGGAACAUUUUCUGAGAUAUUUUCUGCCAUGACAAAUCUAAAUUACUUCCAAGUUGAUUAUCAGAGUGAUGUUAUACAUAACUUUACAUUUAAUUCAUUUAAAAGGACGCCGUUAAAGUAUUUAAAUAUCGGUGGUCAUUUACGAAUAAUAGAAAUCGAUUCUUUUGCACCGUUAGAAUUACUUUCUAGUCUUAUUAUUCCAAAUCAAAAUUUUCUUAAACUAUCGAAUACAUUACCAGCUUUGCACGUGUUUGAAAAUCGACAAAUGGACGAAUUGGAUCUGAGAAACGAUUUUAGAAAUUAUGGUGAAUACGUUAUUUCGGCUGAUCUAUUUGCAUAUAUCGGUAACAUAUGCGUAAAAAAACUAUCUUUGGGUUGGAAUGGUAUCAGGAUGAUAGAUGCAACCGCCUUUCAGAAAAUGAAAUACAAACAUUGUCUUGAAAUUUUAAACUUAAAUCACAAUGACUUUGAUUAUCACCAGGAUCUUAUUGUCUUAUAUAUCAAUUUCUUUAUUAAUAUUAAGAGAAUAGACAUUUCUUCGAUAACUAGUAAAUCUUUUGAAAAUAUUCGAGAACAAAAGAGUAUUAGUAGACGACCGCUGGAUUACAGACUUACAACUGAUACCCGAUCAGAUUGGUCUGUCAGACUCCCUUCUUCACUCGAAUUCCUAAACGCAUCAUUCAUUAUCGGCAGAAACAAUCUGAUAAACAGCAUAACCUUCAAGGGUAUUACACGAUUGAAAAUUAUUGAUUUUACAUACUCAUCACUUGACGACUGCAAUUACACAGUAAACGGACUUCAGAACGUGGAAAUACUUAAUAUUUCACAUUUUAAAUGCGGACUUUUAAAUCACAACCUUCUGCAAUCAGUCGUCAAUUUGGAACAGUUGAUAAUGCAAAGUUCUUUACUAAGUAUUGGUCUAAAAGAUGACCACCAUAGUAUAUUCCUCCAUGGACUCAAACGUUUGCAGUAUAUAGACUUUUCAAAAAAUGCAUUUGAAGACCGAUUCAGAAUUGCAACAUUUAAAAGUCAACGUGAUAGUUUGCAAUCUUUGAUACUUGAAGGAAAUUUAUUCACAAGUAUUCCAUUACAUCUGGUGGACUUAAACCGACUAAGUUUCCUUAACAUCAGAAACAACAAGAUAGCCUACUUGACAACUAAAGAAAUUGACGCCAUUGAAGUGCUCUUUGAAAAAUCAAACAGAACUAUGACAGUCUUAUUAGAGGGAAACCCUCUUGUCUGUAGUUGUGCUUCGGUAGAUUUUGUAGAAUGGUUGUUUACUACUAAAGUGAAACUUGACAGCAAUGGUAGUUAUUCGUGUGUCAAAAACGAUGGAAAUAUUACAACAACAAAUGCAGUUUACAAUCACCUGCGAAUUAUGAGAAUAAGAUGUAUUACUACAGUAUGGUUAAUUUUUUCUGCAACUAUAUUCGGUGUGCUUCUUUUAUUUAUUCUAGUUGGAUAUCGUUACAAAUUGCACCUACAAUACUUUUGUUUAUUUAUCGGAAUGGCCAAUCCACUUUUCCGGAAGUCAAAAGAAGAAGAACUUGAAUAUGAUGCAUAUGUAGCUUAUUGCGAUGGAGACUAUAAAUGGGUAUAUGGACCUUUGCGCUUAUUUCUUGAAGAGAGACGGAAUUAUAAACUUCUUUUGCAAGAUAGAGGAGAUGUUAUUUCUGGACAACAUAGACUUUUUGCCAUAAGCAAUGCAAUUCCAAAAUGCAAAAAGAUAAUCUUAGUGAUUUCAAAAGAGUUUGUUAACAAUGAUUGGGCAUACUAUGAAGCUACUGUUGGAAUUGAACAUUUCCUUGGAUUACAAGCAAGAAUAAUUGUUAUAAACCUGGAAAGUAUUACCAAAACAAAAAUACCGCAAUGUGUACUGCAAAUGAUGUCACUGAACGCCAAUGACCACAUUCGCAAAACAGACACAUUACAUGAAAAUAACAUUUUCUGGAAAUGUCUGGAUAAAGCCAUGAAACGUUAAUGAAGGACAGUGUCGUUAUGGCUUUUUUUCAAUUGAUACUAUUCAACAAUUUUUAAAUUUAAUUUCUACAUUGCACAAAUGCUUUGUCUAUCUUAAGCAUAUGCAGUUAAAGUAAAUCAUUAAAAACCUGCGCGGUUGUACUUUAAAUAUGAUGACCACUAUAUUCAACAAAGGAAUAAAAGAAACCAAAAAUAUUCAAAUCAGAGUAGAUGUGCUCGCAGGUAUGAACAACAAUUUUCCCAUAACAUAUAUGUAUGACCUUAUGUAUUUUACAAAAAAUGAUAGAUAGUA